UGGGGGAUGGACGAAGAAGUUUCAAGAGAAGCAACGACCACGACAAAAGGGAGAUGUCACUGGCGAGAGUUGGUCAGAUCGACACUCUUAUACCUCCGUGGUGGAUUUUUUUGCGCCAGCAACUACAUCCACCAGUCAUCCAAGAGAACUUGAAAGGGGAAUCAAUGCAAACGGUAGUGCUCAAGCGAAAGAUGAAGCCACCUACUUGAUUCCUAAUUACGAGGAUAUUGGCUUCAUCCAUUUUCUUUUCGAAGUGUUAGCGAUGCUAUACGCUCUGUGUCAAUGCGUACUCAUGGUCCUGUCGCUCUGGGCACACGAUCUUCCGAUCGAGCUCCUCCCUUUGAGCCAAACUCUCCUGCCCGUGGAUGACGAGUUCUGGACGAACGCAGUGUUGCGCAAUUUUAAUCGUGCGCCUAGGGACGAUGGUAUGCCACAUCAUGGUCGCAAAGAGGUGUUAGAACAAGAG